GUUGCGCGUCGCUGGAUCGUCGGUGCUCAGUGAUCAUCACCAUCGCCAGCUGCCCUUAUCUCCUGGCCCUUGACGCUUGGACGUCCGAGCAUUACAUCCCGCACAUCAUGCUCGACCUUGACCUUACACCCUGUCCGGCGGUCUCUUCAACCUCCAUCCACCUCAUGCCACCCAGACAUCUGAGGAGUGAGAUAAUGAGACUUCUAGUACAAAAGAUUUGGAAGUGGAAGGAAAUACUUUUUAUUUACGACAACUUUUUAGACACUGAGUCCAUGACAGACUUGAAAGCAACACUUCAUUCACUCUCCGUGAGUACUUACCUCGUUCACGUGGAGCAGGACAUGCCUAGCUCAAAGUUGGCCCGGAUCCUGAAAUCGUCCAUCAACACGCACUACAUCUUUGUCGCCGCUAAGUCUGGCGUCUUUGCAGAGAUCAUCAAUCAGGCAUAUCCCCUGGGCACAUUGUCCAAGGACUACAAAUGGAUGAUCAUGUCGGACGGCAGUUGCCCCCAGCUCCUGGGCCGACGAGAACUCCGCAGGAGUAACGUGCUGCUCCUGAGGGCUACUCACCUACAAAAGGAGGCCUACAGGCUCUGUGGUAGAAUCAAUUCUUUCACCAACUCCAGCCAGAUUUAUGUACGUGCCCCGUGGGCACAUUUACUGUCUGCAGGGAUGGAGGCCUUUUUGCGCAGGUCUCUGAAAUACUCGCUGCAGGAGUCUGUGCUGAACAGCAGAACAAUCUGUGACGUCAGUUUGCGGAGCAAGAGGAAGAAGACGAUCUCAACUGUCAGCAAUGAGGUCAUUGUGUCGAACUACGGUGAUGUGACCUUUAGCCCCGACACUGGCAGCGUGAGUAGUUUCGGCUACGAUUUGUGUAGCGCCGACGAUGGGAGCAAGAACGGGUACUCUGACGUGGGAUCCUGGUCACCGAGCUAUGGGCUCAAGGUGGACGGGGGAAGCUUGUUCAAAAACGACUUCACUGAUUUCGGGGGAAGGAAGCUUCUCAUUGGGAGCCAGGUGGUGAGUGCUGUCUGUCUCUACGAGAUUGUGGAGCCCCCCGACAGACUUUGGGGAGCGCCGGAAAGUAACGGUUCAUGGAAUGGAAUUGUGGGAAUGGUUAUGCGUGGGGAGAUUGAAUUUGGCGUCGGACCACUCACGAUUACUGGUGUCCGACAAUCAGUAAUCGAUUUCACCUCACCCUACACUGAGGACGGUAUCGGCAUUCUCACAAAGAGACCAGAUCUUGAUUCUGAGGCAAUGUUCCGACUCUUCAAGCCACUUCAA